CCUGACUCCACGGUGGUGAUCCAGCCCCCGGCCACGGUGGUCACCUUCCCCGGGCCCAUCCUCAGCAACUUCCCCCAGUCCAGCGUGGUGGGCUCCUCAGGAGCCCCUGUGAUGGGAGGCUUUGGAGGCCGUGGGGGCUAUGGAGGCCGUGGGGGCUCUGGAGGCUACGGAGGCUACGGAGGCUUUGGAGGCUACGGCGGCUAUGGCAGCUGUGGAGGCUAUGGAGGCUACGGCGGCUAUGGCAGCUGUGGAGGCUAUGGAGGCUACGGAGGCUAUGGCAGCUGUGGAGGCUACGGAGGCUACGGAGCCUCUGGCUGCUAUGGAAGCUAUGGGAGCGGCUGUGGGAUCUGCUAA